AUGAGUAGAGAAACGGAAAGUCUCAUUCGUGCACAGGCCGAACUGCACGGAAGAAUAUCCUGUGCAUACGACAAUUUGAAGAAGCUGGUUGCACCAAAGAUUACACGAGGAGCUAUUGAAUCACGUUUAAAGCUUUCAAUGCAGGCUCUCUCCGACAAUACAAGCCGUACGACGACUUCUGCAGUGGAGACGGCUGCACCGAAGUCGACGUUGCCACGAAUUCAACUAUCGACUUUCUCGGGUCGCUUUGAAGAUUGGCCGCCAUUCCGUGAUCUCUUCACAUCUAUAAGCAUUAAAGAUCGAACGCUUUCUGCUGUGGAGCGUCUUCAUUAUCUGAAAACCAAUGUAAAAGGGAAUGCAGAUUCGCUUAUUCGGUGUUUCUCGACCACCACUGAAAACUUUCAACGAGCAUGGGACACUCUCUCAGGACAUUAUGAGAAUCGACGGUUGCUAUUGAAUUCUUAUUACAAUUCAUUUCUAAGUUUGCCACGAAUGAAGAAUGAAUCAGUUGAAGAUCUUCGUCGGAUAUUUCACGGCAUGACCGCUGCUGUCGGAUCACUAGAAGGUUUGCUCAACCUGUGGCGCAAGACACCAUUCAACGAUCCACGAAACUACUAUCACGGCUGGACCAAAU